AUGUUAGAAAUUCGUCGAGAAGAAAAUUCCGAUAAAAAUGAAGUAUUUCGAAUACAUCAAGAUGGUUUUCAACGUAAUGAUGAAGCUGAACUUGUUGAUAAACUUCGAAAAAAUAAUCAAUUCAAUUCAAAUCUUUCAUUUGUUGCUUUAGUUGAUAAGAAAAUUGUCGGUCAUAUUUUAUUUACACCUAUUCAAAUUAAUUAUCCACUAACUUCACAAUCAAUUUCUAGUCUUGCACUUGCACCGAUUGCAAUUUUAACUGAAUAUCAGAAACGAGGAAUUGGUAGUAAAUUAAUCGAGUAUGCGUUAAAUGAACUUAAACUUCAAGGUUUCACAUCAAUUAUUGUUCUUGGUCAUGAACAUUUCUAUCCGAAAUUUGGUUUUGUACCUGCAAAAAAGUAUAAUAUUCGAGCUCCAUUUCCUUUAGAGAAUGAUAAUUGCUUUAUGGCACUUGAAUUAAUACCGCAAACAUUUCCUUUGAAUAAUUUUCAAUUAAUAAUUAUGCCUAUUACAAAACGUACAACAAAGACUGUAUCCUAUGCUGAACGAGAUGAUGAUGAUGACGAUUUUGUCUCUACUGGUGAUAAUACGAAAAAAAAUCGUAAUGUGAAAUCGAAUGAUUCUGUUAAGUCAACUACUGAACAAUCAUCAAAAAAACAUGAUAAAAAAUUGUGUACAUUAGAAAAGAAAGAGCCUGUAUUGAUCCCUUCAUCAACAAAAGAGAAUCCAAUCGUUAUUGAUGAUAAGGAGAGUACAAAUAGUCAAUCGACAGUAUCUAGUAAUGAUAGUAAAUCAUCAUCACAAAAUCUAACUGAUCUUGAUGAUCAAGAAGAAACUUCGUCACCAAAAAACAAACGAAUGAAACAUGAAGAAGAUGAUACGAAUGAAAAUCAAUCGAACGGCGAAAAUGAAGAAGAAGUUGCACCUUCAAAACAAAUAGAAGCAAUAAAUAAAAAGAAUGAAAUACCAGUUAUAUCAUCGAUUGAUCUUAAUAAAUCAUUAACUUCUUCAAAUCAAACAUCAGAUUUACCAAAGAAAAGAUCAUCUGGUCCAUUAGGUUUUCCAACUAGUAAGAUAAAUAUUCCAUCACCAAAUGUUCCUCGUGUUGGUUUAUCACGUAAAUCUUCUACUAUAAAACCACUUCAUCCUAAUUUCACCUCUCAUGUUGUUCAUGAAUAA